CAGUAUAAAGCUGGUGCGCGUAGUUUCAACACGUUAUUUCAUCUGAAAAUUAAAAAUAAUAAAAAAUGGCGUCAAUUUUAAGAAUAAGUGCUUUGUUGUUCGUUGUCGGUGCCUGUGUCGCUGAUAUCGGCCAGCAGCCCGUAACCGAGUUAUGCCUGGGCUGCCUCUGCCAGGCCGUCUCCGGCUGCAACGUCGGCCUCAAGUGUGAGGGUGAGACAUGCGGCUUGUUCAAGAUCACGUGGGCAUACUGGGCCGACGCCGGGAAACCCACGCUGGACGGGGAAUCCCCGGACUCGCCUACUGCGUAUCCCAAUUGUGCCAACGACCCCUACUGUGCCGCCAAGUGUGUUCAGGGUUACAUGGCUAAGUACGGACAGGACUGCAACGGCGACGGUCAGAUCAACUGUUACGACUACAUGGCGAUCCACAAGAAAGGCCCCUACGCCUGCUCCGGAGAACUACCCUACCAAUACGUUACUGUGUUCAACCAGUGCGUUGCUACCGUUGUGGCGCAACAACAGCAGGGUUAAAUAUCGCCGUCUCACAUAGAAACGUAGGCUAUCUCUCUCACUCAUAAUCUAGUUAUGUCUAAAUCUAUAAACAACUAAUAGGUACGCCACGGUGUGUUUAACCCUUGCGCUAGCAUUGCUGCACAG